AUGAAUACGGAGAAUCAAGGUUUUUCGAAUUUACCAGCUAGGCCUCCUCCGUCGUCCUCCUCUCCAUUUGCAUCUGCUCCGCCGCCAGGUGUUCCACCUCAAUCCGGUGGACCAGAGGCGGUUGGUUUUAGACCACCUGUAAGGCCUUUCACACCUUCUGGUCCUCCUAUGGCUCCACCAGUAGGUGUGAUGAGGCCUGGCCAACAACCUCCUUUCGUUUCUCAGAUUCCAGGUCAAGGGAUUAGACCUCCACCGCCAUCGUCUAAUUCGUUUCCUUCACCAGCUUAUGGUCCUCCAGGUGGCGGCUCUUUUCAGCGGUUUCCAACUCCUCCUCCUCCUAGUGGUCCACCACAAACUCAGACUCUUGCAGGUCACUUAUCGCCUCCAAUGUCUUUCCGCCCACAGCAACCAAUGGCGCCUGUUACAAUGAGACCUCCUCCACAGAGUAUGACUUCUGGAGUAUCUGGAGGAUUUGCUUCUCCCCCUGGUCCUGGUUUUCAACAGUCCAUGCCUCCAGUUAAUCCGUCUUAUCCUGGUGUUGGUGGUGGUCCACAGCCAUCUUAUCCUGGUUAUCCCACCAAUCAGGGCUUGCAGGGUCCCCCAAAGGCAUUCCAGCCUCCAUCUCAGGGUCCUCCGUCUACAGUCUCAUCGUAUCCUACUCAGCCAGGAGGUUUUGCUCAGCAGAAUCUGCAUCCAAGCUAUGCGCCUCCAACUAGUAACGUCCAAGGCUUGGUUGAAGAUUUCAAUUCGCUGUCGCUUUCAAAUAUUCCGGGGUCGCUUGAGCCAGGACUUGAUCAUACCUCAUUCCCAAGGCCCUUGGAUGGUGACGUGGAGCCAAGUUCGUUUGCUGAGGCGUACCCUAUGAAUUGCCAUUCUAGAUAUCUGAGGCUGACAACUAGUGCGAUACCGAAUUCUCAGUCUCUGGCGUCGAGGUGGCAUUUGCCUCUAGGAGCUGUGGUGUGUCCACUUGCUGAGGCUCCUGAAGGGGAAGAAGUCCCACUUAUUGAUUUUGGCGCAUGUGGCAUCAUCCGCUGCAGAAGAUGUCGUACCUAUGUGAAUCCUUAUGUUACUUUUACAGAUUCUGGAAGAAAGUGGCGGUGUAAUAUUUGUUCUAUGCUUAAUGAUGUGCCUGGUGAAUACUUCUCACAUUUGGAUGCUACCGGCCGAAGAAUGGACAUGGAUCAACGGCCUGAGCUGACAAAGGGCAGUGUUGAAAUCAUUGCUCCAACAGAAUACAUGGUUCGGCCUCCGAUGCCACCAAUCUACUUCUUCCUCAUUGAUGUUUCAUUUUCUGCUACUAAAAGUGGGAUGCUUGAGGUUGCUACUCAAACGAUUAAGUCUUGUUUGGAUAACCUGCCUGGUUAUCCCAGAACUCAAAUUGGAUUUAUUACUUACGACAGCACUUUACAUUUUUACAACAUGAAGUCAUCUUUGAGUCAACCGCAAAUGAUGGUCGUUUCUGAUCUAGAUGAUAUAUUUGUCCCAUUACCGGACGAUCUCCUUGUCAAUCUAUCUGAGUCUAGAAAUGUAGUGGAAGCAUUUUUGGACAGCCUGCCUCUGAUGUUUCAAGAUAAUGGCAAUGUUGAAUCAGCUUUUGGUCCAGCCCUUAAAGCGGCGUACAUGGUUAUGAACCAACUUGGUGGCAAGCUACUAAUUUUCCAGAACUCAUUACCUUCUCUUGGUGUUGGGCGGUUAAAGUUGCGGGGAGAUGAUCCUCGUGUCUAUGGAACUGACAAAGAAUAUACUUUAAGAGUAGCUGAAGACACCUUCUAUAAGCAAAUGGCUGCCGAUUGUACCAAAUUCCAGAUAGGAAUUAAUGUUUAUGCGUUCAGUGAUAAGUACACUGAUAUUGCCUCCUUAGGGACUCUGGCAAAAUACACUGGAGGACAGGUAUACUACUAUCCAGGCUUCCAGUCAUCUAUUCAUGGAGAAAAGUUAAGACACGAGCUGACUAGAGACCUUACAAGGGAAACUGCGUGGGAAUCCGUUAUGCGAAUAAGAUGUGGAAAAGGAAUUCGUUUCUCGACCUACCAUGGGAACUUCAUGUUAAGGUCUACUGACCUGAUUGCGCUUCCUGCUGUUGACUGUGACAAAGCAUAUGCAAUGCAGCUAACUCUAGAAGAGACAUUGCUAACAACCCCGACGGUGUAUUUCCAAGUCGCUUUACUAUACACUGCUUCUUGCGGAGAGAGGCGUAUAAGGGUACACACAGCUGUUGCACCAGUUGUUACAGAUCUUGGAGAGAUGUAUAGACAAGCAGACACCGGUUCCAUUGUCUCUGUAUAUUCUAGAUUAGCAAUUGAGAAAACUUUAUCCUCAAAAUUGGAUGAUGCACGGAAUGUCAUACAGCAAAAGAUUGUUAAAGCUCUCAGAGAGUAUCGUAAUCUUCACGCAGUGCAGCAUCGGUUGGGGUCUAGACUAAUAUACCCAGAGUCUCUGAAGCUCUUAUCAUUGUACGGAUUGGCAAUUUGUAAAUCCACUCCUCUUCAAGGUGGACCUGCUGAUGCUUCACUUGACGAGCGCUGUGCGGCAGGCUUCACCAUGAUGGCUCUGCCUGUCAAAAAGCUAUUGAAGCUGUUAUAUCCCAGUUUAUUCCGUGUUGAUGAGUGGCUCUUAAAGCCAUCAGCAGACCUUGGUGACCUUAAGGAUGUAAUAAGGAGAUUGCCUCUGGCUGCAGAGAGUUUGGAUUCUAGAGGCCUUUACAUAUAUGAUGAUGGUUUCCGAUUGGUUUUGUGGUUUGGACGAAUGCUUUCACCUGACAUUGCUAAAAAUCUUCUUGGGGCUGACUUUGCAGCAGAGCUCUCAAGGGUUACACUGGAAGAGCAAGAGAAUGGGAUGUCGAAGAAGCUAAUGAGGCUGAUAAAGAAAGUGAGGGAGAAUGAUCCGUCAUAUCAUCCCAUGUGUUUCCUAGUGAGGCAAGGAGAACAACCACGAGAAGGCUUCCUUCUCCUCCGACAUCUAAUUGAAGACCAGAUGGGCGGUUCGACAAGUUAUGUUGAUUGGAUUCUUCAGCUUCACCGCCAAAUCCAACAAAAUGCGUAA